GCGGCACCCCCCGCCUUGUACAAAUAGACUCGCGUUGCCGUCGAGCAGCCGCGGCUGACCAGUCACUCACAUUCUACUCGAGGUCUCGAGCUGUCAGCUGUGCCAGCCGCGGCCAGAGAAUAGUACUCCAAAUGCAGCUUCUUCCGCGCCUCUGCAUGGCCACGGGCACCGGCACCGGCACCGGCGACGGAGACGGAGACAGGGAGGGGAACGGCAACAGCAGCAAGCUGGGCACCGCGGUGUCGUCCUCUUCGUCGACCGUCUCCACGUCGUCCGCCGCGGCGGCGGCCGUGUCGGAGGCGUCGUCGUCCUCGACGUCCCUCCCGUCGCUCCCAUCGCUCUCUUCAGCGACGAGCGCCAGCCUCGCCGCGUCCUUCGCCCACGUCACCACGCUACUCCCUCUGUCCGCGUCGUCGUCCGCUGCCGUCGUCGCGGCGGCGGCGGGGGACUCCCUCCACGGCGGCCUCGUCGUCGUGGCGCGGCCGGCGUGCGUGGCGCUCCACGACCUGUCGACGAUGGAGGCGACCUCCACCUCCGACGCCGCGGACGCCGCCGCGGCCGCGGGCUCGGUCAAGUGCGUGGCGCACCUCCACGGCAUCGGCGGCGCCGCGGCCGUGACGGGCCACCAGGACGGGCGGCUGCGCGUGUGGCGGGUGUCCUCGCGGUCGCCCGGCAGGCUCCGCCUCGCCGCGGCGCUCCCCACGGUGUCCGAUCGCCUCCGCCGGUUCCCGGUCCCGUCCAACCACGUGACGGUGCGGCGCCACCACCGCCGGCUCUGGAUCGAGCACGCCGACGCCGUGUCGGGCGUGGCGGCGUCGGCCGACGGGCGCCUCCUCUUCUCCGUGUCCUGGGACAAGACGCUCAAGGUGUGGGCGCUGCCGUCGCUGCGGUGCCUGCAGUCGCUGCCGGCGCACGACGACGCCGUGAACGCCGUGGCCGUGGCGCCCGACGGCACCGUGUACACGGCCUCCGCCGACAAGCGCGUCCGCGUGUGGGCGACCCGCCGCCCCGACAACAAGCCGCCACCGUCCCGGCGCGGCGCGCGCGGCGGCAAGAAGCACCACCAAUACCACCUGGUCGCCACGCUGUCCCGCCACACGGCGGCGGUGAACGCCGUGGCCGUCGGGUGCGGGGGCCAGGCGCUCUACUCGGGCGGCAACGACCGGUGCGUGCUGGUGUGGGAGCGGGAGGACAGCGCCAGCCACAUGGUCGCGGUCGGGGCGCUCAGGGGCCACCGCAGGGCCGUGCUCUCCGUCGCGUGCGCGCCGGGCGGGCUGGUCGUCAGCGGGUCCGCGGACCAGACGGUGCGGGCAUGGCGCCGCGCCGCGGACGGCAGGGGGUACGCGUGCGUCGCCGUGAUCGACGGCCUGCACGACGCCGCCGUCAGGUCCGUCGCGGCGGCGCCUGUGCCGCCGGUCCAGAAGCGGUCCCGCGCAGGCGGUGACGGUGUAGACGGCGGCGGCGGCGACGAGGAGGAGUGGAAGGUGUGCAGCGCGAGCUUCGACGGCGAGGUGCGGGUGUGGUCGCUGCGCGUGUCGGGUUUGUAGUAGGUGCGAUUUGGCGCGAUCUUUUGACGUAGGGCAGUGUAUUCUUUUUUUCUUCCCCUUAUUAUAUGAUUAUUAUCUCUAUACACCAAGUUUUGGUUUGGCUUUUGAAUACGGCAAGCAGUCGUAUCGUACGUUUGUGUAGAUACAGAAGAGAGCUAGAGUGUCGAGUGUGUGGACAUUAGUUUUUAUCUUGUUACAAAUGUGUUGAGAAAAUUCUAUAUUCCUUUCA